GCUUCACCACCGAGCCGCACGUCACCACCCCCGACGACUCCUCGCCGCCGCCUGCCGUCGUCGCCGCCGCCACGGUACCCCAAAGCAGCGCCGCCGCCACCGCCGCCGCCGUCAUUUUCUCCCUCCUUCCUCGUUCCUGAGGCAAACCGGAAGCUCGCCCCAGAAGCACCGCCUUUAGCGCGCGCGGGCACAGAGAGGAGGGCAGAGCGUCGCGCGGGCGCAUUUCCGGUCCUUUGCUACGCCGCCGGCCUACGAGAGGAAGCCUACCAUAGAGUUUUCCGGCAUACCGAAAGUGCUGUAGCCUGGGAAAAGGUGGGGGGGGGGCCACUUCCUUCGGUGACUUGGCCCCUUCCUCCUCUCCCACGCGGCUCCACUUGCAACUGCAGCCAUGUCCGAUUUCGUGGAGAGUGAAGCUGAGGAGUCUGAGGAGGAGUAUGAUGAAGACGGGGAAGUUGUUCCCAGGGCCCCCAAGAAGUUUGUCGAGGAUGAAGACGAGGAGGAGGAAGACGGGAACCUCGAUGACCAGGAUGAGCAGGGGAACCUGAAAGGGUUCAUUAAUGACGACGACGAUGAAGAGGAGGAGGAGGAGGAGGAAGCCAGCGAUUCGGGAGACUCCGAGGACGACGUCGGCCGUAAAAAGAGGAAGCGCAAUUUUGACGACCGUCUUGAGGAUGACGACUUUGACCUCAUUGAAGAAAACCUGGGUGUCAAAGUUAAACGACAAAAAUUCAGGCGGGUGCGGAAGAUGUCGGACGAUGAGGAUGAUGAAGAGGAGGAUUAUGGGAAGGAGGAGCAUGAGAAGGAAGCCAUCGCUGAAGAAAUCUUCCAGGAUGGGGAGGGCGAGGAUGGGGGAGAGGGCGCUGAUGGCCCCAUUGCCGCGGCUGACGAAGAUGAGGAGGAGGAGGAAGAUGAGUCUGAUAUCGAUGACUUCAUUGUGGAUGAUGACGGGCAGCCCCUCAAGAAGCCCAAAUGGAGGAAGAAACUCCCAGGAUACACAGACGCUGCUUUGCAAGAGGCUCAGGAGAUCUUUGGCGUGGACUUUGACUACGAUGAGUUUGAGAAAUACAACGAGUACGACGAGGAGCUGGAGGAGGAGUACGAUUACGAGCCGGAGGAGACGGAAGGUGAGAUCCGCGUCCGGCCCAAGAAGACCACCAAGAAGCGGGUCAGCCGCCGCAGCAUUUUUGAGAUGUACGAGCCCAGCGAGUUGGAGAGCAGCCACUUGACCGAUCAGGACAACGAGAUCCGGGUGACCGACAUGCCCGAAAGGUUCCAGCUGCGCUCUAUUCCUGUGAAGAACGCUGAAGACGACGAGUUGGAAGAAGAAGCCGACUGGAUCUACCGGAACGCCUUUGCCAUGCCUACCAUCUCCCUACAGGAGAGUGCUGAUUACAUGGACCGCGGCCAGGCCAGCAGCAGCUUCAGCCGCAAGGGCCCCAGUACCAUCCAGAAGAUCAAAGAAGCCCUUAACUUCAUGAGGAACCAGCACUUUGAGGUUCCGUUCAUCGCCUUCUACAGGAAGGAGUACGUGGAGCCAGAGCUGCACAUCAAUGACCUGUGGCAGGUCUGGCAAUGGGACGAGAAGUGGACCCAGCUGAAGAUCCGUAAGCAGAACCUGACCAGGCUCUUUGAGAAGAUGCAGGCCUACCAGUACGAGCAGAUCUCUGCUGACCCAGACAAGCCUCUGGCGGACGGGAUCAGGGCCCUGGACACCACGGAUAUGGAGAGGCUGAAGGAUGUGCAGUCCAUGGACGAGUUGAAGGAUGUGUACAACCACUUCCUGCUGUAUUAUGGCCGAGACAUCCCCAAGAUGCAGAACGCGGCCAAGGCCAACCGGAAGAAGCACAAGCGGGUCCACGAGGAUGGGGACGAGGAGGAAGGUGAAGGAGAGGACGUGGAGGAUGAAGAGCAGAAGGGGCCGGAGCUCAAGCAGGCCUCUCGCCGGGACAUGUACACCAUCUGUCAAACAGCAGGUCUGGAUGGCCUAGCGAAGAAGUUUGGACUGACGCCAGAGCAGUUUGGCGAGAAUCUGCGUGACAGCUACCAGCGCCACGAGACUGAGCAGUUCCCGGCGGAGCCCUUGGAGCUGGCCAAGGAUUACGUCUGCAGCCAGUUCCCCACCCCGGAAGCCGUGCUGGAAGGGGCCUGUUACAUGGUGGCCCUGCAGAUUGCCCGGGAGCCUUUGGUCCGGCAGGUGCUGCGGCAGACCUUCCAGGAAAGGGCCAAGCUCAACGUUUCUCCGACCAAGAAGGGCAAGAAGGACGUGGACGAGGCCCAUUACGCCUACUCCUUCAAGUACCUGAAGAACAAGCCCGCCAAGGAGCUGCGGGACGAGCAGUUCCUGAAGAUCUGCCUGGCCAAAGACGAGGGGCUGCUGGCCAUCGACAUCUGCAUCGACAUGAAGGGCGUUGAGGGGUAUGGCAGCGACCAGACCUACUUCGAAGAGAUCAAGCAGUUCUACUACCGCGACGAGUUCAGCCACCAGGUGCAAGAGUGGAACCGGCAGCGCACCUUGGCCAUCGAGCGGGCGCUCAACCAGUUCCUGUAUCCGCAGAUGGCCAAGGAGCUGAGGAACAAGCUGCUGGUGGAAGCCAAGGAGUUUGUCAUCAAGGCUUGCAGCCGGAAGCUACACAACUGGCUGAAGGUGGCUCCCUACCGGCCAGACCAGCAGGUAGAAGAAGACGACGAUUUCAUGGAGGAAAACCAAGGGAAAGGGAUCCGGGUGCUGGGGAUCGCUUUCUCUUCCGCCAGAGACCACCCUGUCUUUUGCGCCCUGGUGAACGGGGAAGGUGAGGUCACCGAUUUCCUGCGCCUGCCGCAUUUCACCAAACGUCGGAAUGCUUGGCGGGAGGAGGAGAGAGAGAGAAAGGCUCAGGAUAUCGAAACCCUGAAGAAAUUCUUGCUCGGCAAGAAGCCCCACGUGGUCACAAUUGCCGGAGAGAACAGGGAUGCCCAGAUGCUGAUGGAGGACGUGAAGCGCAUUUCCCACGAACUGGACCAAGGGCAGCAGCUCUCCUCCAUCGGGGUGGAGCUGGUGGACAACGAGCUGGCCACUCUCUACAUGAACAGCAAGAAGUCAGAAAAUGAAUUUCGGGACUACCCCCCUGUGCUGCGCCAGGCCAUCUCCCUCGCUCGCCGCAUACAGGACCCGCUCAUUGAGUUCUCCCAGGUCUGCAGCUCCGACGAGGACAUCCUAUGCCUUAAGCUCCACCCUUUGCAGGAGCAUGUGGUGAAGGAAGACCUGCUGAACGCCCUGCAGUGCGAGUUCAUCAACCGCGUGAACGAAGUGGGAGUGGACGUCAACCGGGCCAUCGCCCACCCGCACAGCCAGGCCCUCCUGCAGUAUGUUUGUGGCUUGGGCCCCCGCAAGGGCACUCACCUGCUGAAGAUCUUGAAGCAGAACAAUACGCGCCUGGAGAACCGGACCCAGCUCGUCACCAUGUGCCACAUGGGGCCCAAAGUCUUCAUCAACUGCGCCGGCUUCAUCAAGAUAGACACAGCCUCGCUGGGUGACAGCACGGAUUCCUACAUUGAGGUCCUGGACGGGUCCCGAGUUCACCCGGAGACCUAUGAAUGGGCAAGGAAGAUGGCCGUUGACGCCCUGGAAUAUGAUGAGUCGGCCGAAGACGCCAACCCUGCUGGGGCCCUGGAGGAGAUCCUGGAAAACCCGGAGCGUCUGAAAGACCUGGAUCUCGAUGCCUUUGCCGAAGAGCUGGAGAGACAGGGCUAUGGCGAUAAACACAUCACCUUGUACGACAUCCGAGCUGAGCUGAGCUGCCGCUACAAGGACCUGAGGAGCCAGUAUCGCUCCCCUAACUCGGAAGAGGUCUUCAACAUGCUGACCAAGGAAACGCCCGAGACGUUCUAUAUAGGUAAACUCAUCAUCUGCAACGUGACGGGAAUAGCCCACCGGCGGCCACAGGGGGAAAGCUAUGACCAGGCGAUCAGGAACGACGAGACGGGCCUGUGGCAGUGCCCCUUUUGCCAGCAAGACAACUUCCCUGAGCUCAGUGAGGUCUGGAACCACUUUGACAGCGGCUCCUGCCCUGGCCAGGCCAUCGGCGUGAAGACUCGCCUGGACAAUGGGGUCACUGGUUUCAUCCCAACCAAAUUCCUCAGUGACAAGGUGGUCAAGCGGCCAGAGGAAAGGGUCAAGGUUGGGAUGACCGUCCACUGCAGGAUCAUGAAGAUAGACAUUGAAAAGUUCAGCGCCGACCUGACCUGCCGGACAUCGGACUUGAUGGACAAGAGCAAUGAGUGGAAGCUCCCCAAGGACACCUACUACGACUUUGACACCGAGGCCGCUGACCACAAGCAGGAAGAAGAGCUGAAAAGAAAGCAGCAGCGCACGACGUACAUCAAGCGCGUGAUCGCCCACCCGUCCUUCCACAACAUCAACUUCAAGCAGGCCGAGAAGAUGAUGGAGUCCAUGGACCAAGGGGACGUCAUCAUCCGCCCCAGCAGCAAAGGGGAGAACCAUCUGACCGUCACCUGGAAAGUGUGCGACAACAUCUACCAGCACGUGGACGUCCGUGAGGAGGGGAAAGAGAAUGCCUUCAGCCUGGGCUCCACCCUCUGGAUUAACACGGAAGAAUUUGAGGACCUGGAUGAGAUAGUUGCUCGCUACGUGCAGCCGAUGGCGUCUUUUGCUAGAGAUCUGCUCAGCCAUAAGUACUACCAGGAUUGCAACAGAGGAGACAGGAAGAAACUGGAGGAGCUCCUGAUCAAAACCAAGAAAGAGAAGCCCACCUUCAUUCCCUACUUCAUCUGUGCCUGCAAAGAACUCCCCGGCAAAUUCCUGCUGGGAUAUCAGCCGCGCGGCAAGCCCCGGAUCGAGUAUGUGACGGUGACGCCUGAAGGCUUCCGGUACCGUAACCACAUCUUCCCCACGGUCAACGGGCUCUUCCGGUGGUUCAAGGAUCACUAUCAGGAUCCUGUGCCAGGGGUCACCCCCAGCAGCAGCAGCAGGACCAGGACGCCGGCUUCUAUCAAUGCGACUCCGGCUAAUAUUAACCUGGCAGACCUGACCCGAGCGGUGAACGCCCUGCCGCAGAACAUGACCUCACAGAUGUUCAGUGCCAUCGCAGCCGUGACGGGCCAGGGGCAGAACGCCAAUGCCACCCCUGCGCAGUGGGCCUCCAGCCAGUACGGCUACGGAGGCAGCGGUGGCGGGAGCAGCGCUUAUCAUGUCUUCACGACUCCUGCCCAGCAGCCAGUGGCCACCCCUUUGUUGACUCCCAGCUACUCCUACGCCACCCCCAGCCAGCCAAUCACAACCCCCCAGUAUCAUCAGCUCCAGGCCAGCACCACACCUCAGUCACAGCCACAGCCUCAGCCUCAGCCUUCCUCCAGUUCCGGGCAAAGGCAGCAGCCAAAGCCCAGCUCCCACACAGCCAUCGACUGGGGCAAGAUGGCCGAGCAGUGGCUCCAGGAGAAGGAGGCCGAGCGCAGGAAGCAGAAGCAGCGGCUGACGCCUCGCCCCUCGCCCAGCCCCAUGAUCGAGGGGACGCCCAUGUCCAUCGCCGGAGACGCCACGCCCCUGCUGGAUGAGAUGGAUCGGUAGUCCUCCUGCUGCCGACGCCGCCCUGGUCUCCCACAGGACGGGAAAAGGAGCCGCCGGCAGAGACCACUUUUCUUCCCUCGGCCACGGCGCUCCGUGCCCUUGUUUUGGUUUCCUUUCCAGUUGAACCCAAAGGCCCGCCAGGGACGCUGAGCAGCGCCCUCCGUGUGGCUCGGAGAGGCGAGGCCCCUUGUGUAUGCUGGCAAUGGCGGCUGGCUUUGCUGCUGGGCGGGGCACCAUCCCAGCUGGCCCCACCUGCUGUCCCUUGCUCCGUGCCUCGCUCUCGCCGCUGGAGUUGGCCAGCCCUUGCGGGCGAGGCUCUCUUUUCACCACCACCUGGUGUGUUCUGGCCGUCCCCGACCUCACGAAGAAAUAAGAUUUCCUGGGCCAGGGGAUACAGGGGAGGACUGGGCCAGAGCGGUGUCUGUCUGUCUGUCUCUCUCUCUCCCUCCCUCUCUCUCUCUCUCCCUCCCUCUCUCUCUCUCUCUCCCUCCCUCUCUCUCUCUCUCUCCCUCCCUCUCUCUCUCUCUCUUUCUCUCAUAUAUGUCUGUCUCCCUGUUGCUCUUCCUGUCACUCCUUCGCUCAGUGGCUGUAUUUGUAUGUCUCAAAGGGCUUUGCUUUCCUGAGCCCCUCUAGCAUGACAGGGGCCCUUCUGGCUGGAAGAUAAUGUAGCCUUCGCCCAUAAGCUCACUUUUCUUGGCACUCCCCAGGACAAUAUUUAUUCAGUUGUAUUACUUUUAAAAGAGAGAGAGAGAGAGAAACGGAAGGCUGCAAGGCUGAACCCCAGGCAACAGGCAGCUUUUGUGUGGAAGCUGCGAAGUGCCGGGAGAGCGAGAGCCUCUCGCCGUUGAGGUGGCUUGAAUGCCAAGUAGAGCGUCCCCCCCUUCCUCACUUGCCCCCUUCUGCUCACUUCCAACAACAAAGAGGGAAUAAAUGGCAUUUCUACUGAA